UCCUAUGGAUGUUAUCUCUGGACAAUGACUUGAAAUCAAACAUCGCGAGAUACUAUGAACCAAAUAUAUCAUGAUCCUCUAGAGGUUGAACUGGGAAGGAACCCUAGCUGGGUGUGACGUGGUUUAAUGGCUGCUAAGGAUCUGGUAAAACGAGGUUUAAGGUGGAGAGUGGGCAAUGGGAACAAAAUAGAUAUCUGGCUUGACAGGUGGAUACCUUCCAGUACCACUUUUAAAGUUACUUUCCCAACAGUUCAUUGGGGUAACUCAACCUCUGUAGCUGAAUUGGUGGACAUUGAGACCAGAAGAUGGCGUGUAGACCUACUCCAUACCCAUUUCAUCCCCACGGAUUGCACUAACAUUCUAAAAAUUCCUAUUCCAAGACAACCAAUCGAGGAUAGGAGGAUAUGGGGGAAGGAAAAAACGGGGGAGUAUACUGUGAAGUAUGCUUACAGACUAUGGGAGGAUAGGAACAUUGAUGAAGAGGGUGAAUUUUAUUCGCUAGUUAACUGGAAGAAGGUCUGGAACCUUCAUAUUCCUCCAAAGGUGAAGGUGUGUGCUUGGAGAUGGCUGAGAAACAUUAUACCUACAAGGCCUCGAAUCCUAAAACGCACUCAACAAGGCAGCGAAGAUUGCCCUUUCUGUGGCCUAAUGGAAACAGAAGAACACAUUUUUCGAGAAUGUGCUUGGGCUGGUAGGGUCUAGCGAUACAACACGUUGGGUUCAUACAUAGAUAGAGGGGAGAAUCUUACCUCGGAGGAGUGGAUCUGUGAUCUGCAAGAGACUGAAUCCGACGAACAACUCGGGUCGUUCUUGGUGGGUCUCCAGUACAUCUGGGAUCAUCGAAACUGUCAUAUGUGAAAUAAGAAGAAAUUGGAGGAAUGGGAAAUUCUGGCUCGAGCUAGUGAGUGGUUGAAGGAUUACCUAGAAAAGAAGAGGAAGUUCCAACCAGCGGAGCGAAUGGAGGGGCAGCGGUGGAAACCUCCGAUGAUGGGGUCAGUGAAGCUCAGUGUCGAUGUUGCAUGCUUCGAGGGCCAAAGAACGGGGUGGGUAGUGGUGGCGAGGGAUGCAACUGGACAAUUCCUAUUUGGAGUUGUGAAGAGAUCACAGAUUCAAUGGAACCCGAAAGAAGCAGAAGCGCUGGCGGUGGAUGUCGGUUUAGAAAUGGCGAGAAGAAGGGGAGUUGGGGAAAUGGAAAUCGAAUCAGACUGCCAGGGAAUCAUCCAGCAGCUAACGGGAGGAGGAAAGGGAAACGGAAGUCGGGCUGGUUUGUGCGUAAAUACGGGCCAAAGCCCAGACCUUGGGUGGAGUCAGGUGGGGUUUUGUGGGCCGAGACAGGAAUAAACCGACCCAUUUGAUGGCCCAUUUUGAUUGUAGUUGGGAGAGUGAAGAGGUGUGGGUUGAUAGCCCACCUCAUUUUCUUGUACCUCUUCUAAGAGAGGAUUUCACUGAAAACUUUGUGUCUCAUGGUUAAUUAGAUGAAUACAGUUUUUCCUAUUAAAAAAAUAUAUAUCAGUGAUAAUGUAUUGUGUGUUUAAAUCGUUAUUUAACUUUGAACGAAACCAUUUUAUAUCGACUUGUAAAAAUAAAAACUAUUUUAUAUCGAUAAAAUGCUACAACGUUU